AAUGAUACGGGCUUCAUGGGGAUCCAUUACGGCACUGGAUCAUCUAUCAUUAUACAUACCCUUGCCCAUCCUCGCUUUCGGAACUUUUAAUUUCACGAUCGACAUGACCUCCGACUUCACUCGUCCCACACGCUGGAUUCUAAUCGAUCGCAACGUCGAGUACCGCGGCGUGUGGUCCUUUGUCACGGGACGAUUCGACAGGACUGGGUAUUUUGGCCCACCGUUCCGCGGCACUAUGAACAGCGCUGAGGAUGCAGGCGCCGGAAUUUCGCUCACGUUCAAUGGAACGAACGCGUUCAUAAUGGGGACCCUGCCAGCCGCGGAUGUAGCCGCAGGUUGGGAUUGUAUCAUCGAUGGGAGGAACCUGGGAGCGCCGGAUCCCAGUCGGCUGACGUACUCGUCGAACAACCAGCGUCUGUGCUCGUUCGACGGCCUCCCGGAAGGAGAGCACAGGCUCGACGUGAAUAUCACGACACAGGGCCGGGAGUUCUACUUCGACAAAGCCGGGUAUGGAACCAACAACACGGCUGCGAGCCAGGCGCUCGCUCCCCGCCCGGGGGAGGAGUUCCUCCAGGUCGACUUUACCGACCCCACGGUGAAGUUCGACCAAAGUUUGUCGUGGACGCAGACAACUUUUAAUCGAGAGGACAGCUCGUUUAUGAGAAGCGACGAGCCAGGAAUUUCUAUCUCGUUCAGCUUUAACGGGACUUCGGCCGUGUGGUACACCGACAUACUCCCUUCACUCCCCUCAUCCUCUGCGACCUACCAGUUCGACAACGACGCGCCCGUCUCAUUCACCAUUCCCCACGUCGAUACCCCCACGUUCAAUGUUAGGCUCUUCUCGACGCCCAUACGCGUCGACUCCAUGCCGCGCACGCUCAACGUGACGUACCGCGGUGGGCGUGGAGAGUCGCCGCUCUCGCUCAAGUACAUCGAGGUCAACGACCAGACAGAAAGUAUUGGGUUCCUCGUGGAUCUGGGAGGGAGCAAGAGCAAGGUUGGGCCCAUUGUCGGUGGCGUGCUGGGGGGGUUGGCGUUCCUUCUAUGCGUCUUAGGGUUGGCGUGGUGGAUAUGUCGUCGGCGCCGCCAGAGAGGUGCUACCUCGGCAUCGCUCAAGGGCGAUUAUUA